AUGCCGAUACAAAAGGUUAAAGCUCGUCAGAUUUUCGAUUCCAGGGGCGAGCCAACGUUGGAAGUGGAUAUAAUCACCGAUGUUGGAUUAUUACGAUCCUCGGUGCCGAGUGUUCUGGUGCCAAGCCCUAAUCAGGCACACGAAUUAAGGGAUGGAAACGAGGCCAUGUACCAUGGACGUUCAGUUUUCAGAGCCGUUGAUGUAAUAAAUAACGUAAUUGCGCCGCAACUUUUAAAAUCGAGACUGGAGGCUUGCCAACAAGUGGAGAUCGAUAGCUUGUUGAACAAAUUAGACGGAACCGAGAAUAAAUCGAAAUUGGGCGCGAACGCCAUACUCGGUGUGUCCAUUGCUUGUUGCAAGGCUGGCGCGGCGAAGAAAGGACUUCCAGUUUAUAGGUACAUCGCAGAGUUAGCUGAAAACGGAGAACUCUACAUUCCAGUUCCUUGUUUUAAUAUGAUCAGUGGUGGAAGACACGCGGGUAACACAAUACCCUGUCAAGAAUUCAUGAUUUUACCUAUAGGCGCUGAAAGUUUCGCCGACGCACUGAAAAUGGGAUCGGAAGUGUACAAGGUGUUGGAGAAGAAAAUCGCCGCUGCCCAGGAAAUAAAUCUACCGCUUCCGGUUAGCGACGAAGGCGCAUUUGCCCCAGAGUUCGAGGAAGAUCGAGAAGCAAUGAUGCUGUUGGACGAGUCCAUUAAGGACGCUGGAUACGAUGGGAGGAUCGUUAUAGCGUUGGACAUGGCCGCCAGUUCUUUUUACAAAGAAGGUGGAUACGAUCUCGCGUUUAAAACAGAAGAUUCGGACCCAGACGAUUACAUGGAGGCCGAAACCCUUAAAGAUCAGUACUUGGAGUACCUGGCCGAAUUUCCAUCUAUAGUCUCGAUCGAAGAUCCAUUCGACCAGGAAGACUGGGAGGGUUGGCUGACGAUAGCUGAUCAAGAUAUUCAGAUCGUCUCCGACGAGCUAACCGCGAUGAACAUCGACAGGAUCGAAGAGGCGAUCGAGAGACAAAUGGCAAACUCUAUUAUCUUACGGAUGUCCCAGGUUGGGACAGUGACAGAAGCGAUCAACUGUGCGAAAAUAGCCAAAAUGAGCGACUGGGGGUACAUCGUGUCGUCUUGCCAGGGUGAAACAGAGGACAAUUUCGUGGCCGAUUUCGCGAUCGGCCUGUCCGCCGGUCAAUUCAAGGCAGGAGCACCUUGCAGAACCGAAAGAACCGCUAAAUACAAUCAGAUACUAAGGAUCGAGGAGGAACUUGGCAAAGACGCGAAAUACGCCGGUCAAAAUUAUAGAAAUCCUUUGGCUAAAUGA